GUUUUCUACUGGACCCACCUUUCCUACAUCUCCAUCUGGUCCCUCCUCAUCCUCCACGGUCCCCACUUCUGGAAAUGGUUUGCAGUUCCCGGCUGCCUCUUUGUGCUGGAGAAGGUGGUUGGCUUGGUUGGGCGACGUGCUGGUGGGCUGCGCAUCGUGGAGGUCAACCUGCUCCCCUCCAAGGUGACUCACCUCGUGAUUGAGAGACCACAAUUUUUCCACUACAAGCCUGGAGACUACAUCUACCUGAACAUCCCGGCCAUCGCCACCUAUGAGUGGCAUCCCUUCACCAUCAGCAGCGCUCCCGAGCAGCAAGACACCAUCUGGCUGCACAUCAGGUCGCUGGGCCAGUGGACCAACAAGCUGUACGAGUAUUUCCAGCAGCCCAAAUUGUCCAGCCUGGAGCCAAAACCACUCAGCAGGAGCCUGAGGGAGAAGAGAUGCCGGCGCCGGGCACAGGUUGGUCUCUGCAGCAGGGCUGGCUCAGCAGGAGGGUCCGUGGCCACCAGCAAUGAUGGAGCCAUUCAGCUGACAUCGUACAAAGCCACUGGUGCUGCUGCCCCAGGAGAGGAGGAUCCAUCCGUGGAGGAGGUCUCCACUGGGCUGGGUGAGACCCAUCAGCUCUGCAGCAUCAAGUGCUACAUCGACGGCCCCUACGGGACCCCGACACGGAGGAUCUUCACCUCGGAGCACGCCGUGCUCAUCGGCGCCGGCAUCGGCAUCACCCCCUUUGCCUCCAUCCUGCAGAGCAUCAUGUACAGGUUGGCUCAGGCUGUGGUUGACUUCAUCUGGAUCAACCGGGACCAGAAGCACUUUGAGUGGUUCGUCAGUCUGCUGACCAAACUGGAGAUGGAGCAGGCUGAGCAGGAGCCAGGAGACGACAUGAAGGCCACCGGGCUGCAGAUGGCCCUGGACCUGCUGGCUGCCAAGGAGCAGAGGGACUCGAUCACAGGGCUGAGGACCAGGACCCAACCUGGCCGCCCUGACUGGAGCAAGGUGUUUGGGAAGGUGGCGGAGGAGAAGAGAGGGAAAGUCCAGGUCUUCUUCUGCGGCUCACCAGCACUUGCCAAAGUCAUCAGGGUGCACUGUGAGCACUUCGGCUUCCGCUUCUUCAAAGAGAACUUCUGA